GGGCUGCACCGCAGCGCAUACACUACAAUGGCUGCUGGAAAGACGGGAAAGCAAACAAUUUCCAGGCCCGCCGCGUCCAGCCCGAAAUAUGGGGAAAAAAUUACAGAAAAAUCGGAGAACACUGUAAAGGGUGGAAACGGGGCGCAGAGGGGAUGCUGAGGCUCCCGCGAGCAGUAAAAAUGGGAAGUACUGGAUUCUGGUUUCCUCCAAGAAGAGUCAGCGGAACUGGUUAAGACCAAAAUCUGAGGACUUUAGUGGGCAAACAUCAGUCCCCUUUUGCUUUCUUUUACGACCACAUGAAACUUGAGAAGCCAUCUAAAGCUAAAUCAUUUAGUGGAGUUGGGCAAUUCCCAAGUGUCCAACAAGAAGGCCUGGUUUAGGCUGCGAUGGCCACUGUCAUUCCUGGUGAUUUGUCAGAAGUAAGAGAUACCCAGAAAGUCCCUUCAGGGAAACGUAAGCGUGGUGAAACCAAACCAAGAAAAAACUUUCCUUGCCAACUGUGUGACAAGGCCUUUAACAGUGUUGAGAAAUUAAAGGUUCACUCAUACUCUCACACAGGAGAGAGGCCCUACAAGUGCACACAACAAGACUGCACCAAGGCCUUUGUUUCUAAGUACAAAUUACUAAGGCAUAUGGCUACUCAUUCUCCUGAGAAAACCCACAAGUGUAAUUAUUGUGAGAAAAUGUUUCACCGAAAAGAUCACCUAAAGAAUCACCUACAUACACACAAUCCCAACAAAGAGGCCUUUAAGUGUGAAGAAUGUGGAAAGAACUACAAUACCAAGCUUGGGUUCAAACGUCACCUGGCUUUGCAUGCUGCAACAAGUGGUGACCUCACCUGUAAGGUAUGUUUGCAGACUUUUGAAAGCACAGGAGUGCUGCUGGAGCACCUAAAAACUCACGCAGGCAAGUCAUCAGGUGGAGUGAAGGAGAAAAAGCACCAGUGUGAACACUGUGACCGUCGGUUCUACACCCGAAAGGAUGUCCGCAGACACAUGGUAGUGCACACUGGAAGAAAGGACUUCCUCUGUCAGUACUGUGCACAGAGAUUCGGGCGCAAGGAUCACCUCACGCGCCACAUGAAGAAAAGUCACAACCAAGAACUUCUGAAGGUCAAAACAGAGCCAAUGGACCUUCUAGAUCCCUUUACCUGCAAUGUUUCUGUGCCUAUUAAGGAUGAGCUGCUUCCAGUGAUGUCUUUACCUUCCAGUGAACUGACAUCAAAGCCAUUUACAAACACUUUGCAAUUAAAUCUCUACAACACUCAGAUUCAGUCCAUGCAGAGUUCUGCAUCUGCACACCAAAUGGUUGCCACAUCGUUACCAUUGGGAAUGCCUUGUCCAAUAGAUAUGGAGUCUGUCCACCCUUCUCACCAGCUAUCGUUGAAAUACCCACUCGGUACUACCUCAUACUCAAUUUCUAUGCCUGAAAAAGAACAGCCAUUGAAAGGGGAAAUUGAAAGUUACCUAAUGGAGUUGCAAAGUGGUAUGCCUUCUUCAUCCCAGGAUUCUCAAGCAUCUUCAUCAAAACUAGGGCUGGAUCCACAAGUAGGGCCACUAGAUGAUGGGUCGGGGGAAGUUUCCCUUUCCAAGGGCUCCGUUCCUAUUAGUGAACCUCUAAAUGCCCCAUCAUUGGACUUUUCUCAGCUGUUCAACUUCAUACCUGUAAAUGGCCCUCCCUAUAAUCCUUCUGUUUCAGUGGGAAACCUCGGGAUGAGUUAUACGCAAGAGGAGGCACAUUCUUCUAUGACUCAACUCCCACCACAAACCCAGGAUCCGCAAGAUCCUAGCAAUAGUAUAGGUCUUGGGUCUCUGCACUCAUUGUCAGCAGCUUUCACAAGCAGUCUAAGCACAACCACCACCCUACCACGAUUUCAUCAAGCUUUCCAAUAGGAUGUACAAAGCUGGCUUGUUAACUGUCUAUUUGUAGAAAUGCCUUAGGUGACCAUUUUUAACUUAGUGCCUACUAUAAGACAUUAUGAAUUCUCUGCUUUUGUACAGUACCAAUCUCAUGAAGCCAGUAAGAAAUUUAAAUUAACUUUUUUAAAAUGUUUUGAAAGUGUUUAUUCUCAGCUGUGUUUACUUUGGUUUGUUGGUUUUUUUUAAACAGUCUCAUUGUAUUGUUUUCAUUUUCACUGCCAAUUUACACAUUUAAAAUGUUCAGUAGAAAGUCAUCCCAAGCAAACUCACAACACUCAUCCCGUUUUUAAAAUUUUUUCAACCAUACCAGCUAGUCUGUUUUAUUGAUGUCAGUGGUAGAACUGCCACUUUUACCUUUUAAUAUAUUCUACUAUUUGCAAAUAAUCCAUUUAAAAUAUGUAUCACAAGGAUUCCUGAGAUUUGGGAAAAAAAUUCUGCAGUCUGUUUCCAAACAAAUCCUCUUCCCAAAUGGUGACACAUCUGACCUGUUCUAUAAUGACAAAUCUAAAUUUUUAAAAUAAAUAUAGAAUUCAGAUUUUUCUGAAAACUUGUGUGUGUAUAUAUAGAGUCCAUAUAUACACAUGUACAUAUAUAUAGCAUCUUGACUUGUAUUGAAGUCAUUAUAAAAGUUGUUAAGAAUUUUGCCAUUUUCUGGCUUAAAUUUUGGUGGCCUGUUAUGAAUAACAGAAGAAAAAGAAAAUUAGUGUAAUUCUCUAAAAUUAGGGCUGAACAGAAUUUCGACAGAGAAUCUCUGCUUGCCUAAAUGACAGAUGUUUCAAGUUGAAUUUGAAACUGUUGUUGUGCUUUUGUGACUCUGGUAUAGGGAAACAGGCAAAAUUAAUGGCUGAUCUUGAAAUAUAAAAGCGUUGUAACGUAGUAAUGCAGAAUAUUUUGUCGCAGUUUUUGUUUGAAUUCUUAACUUGCUGUUUUUUUCUCUUUAGUAGCAUAGAAAGAGUACUGCAUAGGAACCUUCCAGUAGUGUGUUCACGUUUGUAGGCGUCAGUCUUCUCCCCGCUGCCACCGCCAAAGGGUGGAUCAAGUCCAGCCAGAAAGUGUGUACCUAUUUUCAGUUCAAAACUAGUGUGCAGUCAGAAAGUAUGAAUGUAAAUUUGCAACUACCAGUUUGUUUUGUUUUGUUUUUAUUGGAGUGAUCUUUUCAGUUGUGUUACAUGGUGUAUUAUGUCCUCCUAAGCAACAAGUUAGAUGUUAAUCACACUUUCUACACCUGGGUACUUGGUUAGGGACUUUUUGCCCAUUGCCAAGAUUUAAAGACAGGACUCUUAGGAGUGAAGUAAAAGCAUAUUGCUUACACCACUUUUACCUAAUGCAAUAUAUAUUCUAUUCCCCAACCCCUAAUAACCAAAAGAGGAAAAAAAAAAAACCUAAAAAAACAACCAACCCUGUGAUGCGUAAAAGCAAACUAGAUUUGCUGUAAUUCAACAAUAACAUUAUUUUCCUUGUCAUUUUUGUACAAGGAAUUAAAAAAUGGAACUCGAGUACAUUAGUAUCUCUCAAACUAUGGAUAAUGAGAAUUCAUACAAGGUUUUAAGUGGUUAAACUAAAUAUACUUCACAGAAACAAAAGUUGCUCCCAUUUAAGGAGCUCAUGCUCCGGAUGUUUUAUCAGUAGCUCCUACUGGUUUUUUUAAUGCUAGGAGCAAUAUGCAGGUGUAGUUUUACUAUUUUAUACAUAUGUGUAUUUAAAUUUUAUUACUGAAAAAUAACAUUUUUAUAAAUGUGUUUGUGUUCCAAAGGCAUUAAAAUAAGGAUGUAUUAAUAAGGAAAAUACCUUUUGAAAUUCUGCAAACUACUCCUAGAUUUGGUUUUAGGAGCACGUUAUCUCAAAGUGGGCGUUUAGCUCUGCUUCACGACUGCUUCCUCUGGUUUCUGUGAAACAGAUUGCUCGCUUGCUUACAUCUUUAGUUGAAUGAUUUGUUCAAUAUUGCUUUUUUUUUCAUUCACCUUUCUAAAGGAAAGAAAAACACAGAUGAACAGAGCACAAGCUGAAUGCAACCGAAUGUAGCUCUAGUUUACAUGAACGACCGUAACGCAUCUAAGAAAAACUUGGAUUUAUUCUCAAUCCUUUUAAUCUGAGAUGAAGAUAAAUGGACUUAAUUCCUGCAGUGGGUUAUGUCCCGUGUGGAGCCAAGCAUCUGCAACUCUCCCUGCCGCAGAGGAAAGCUGCAGGUGCUUGGCAUCCUGCAGCUGGCCCAGCAGUGUGGCCAGGCAGCGCUGCCCUCCCUGGGCAGCUGGCACACGAAUUUCCAGUCUGGAGCCACUUGUUAUCAGCCCCAGCUGCUGAAAGACUUUGUGAAAACCAAAACCCGCAGACACUUUGCCAACACCCGUUUCUUAGUGCGUAGCCAGAACCCUUACUACCUUGUUUGUGCCUUAGCUUCCUGAAAAGGGAUUGACAUUUCACUUGGAGUUAGAUAUACAUUUCACUUGAGAAAUAGAGACCUCAGACAAGAUAUUGAACCUCAUUCAGUCAGGGUUUCAGUGGGUGGCUGCACCCAGAGUGUUUGCAGCUGAACUAGGAUGUAGGGUAACAAGGAAGCAGACUGACCCUUAAAGCAAUACCAACACCACCAGAGUGCUUUUGAGCAUCACUUAGGCAGAGUCACUAUUGGCCACUACUAAACCAUCCGUUUUUAAAACCCGUUUUCUUGAUUUCCCAUGGAUUCUUGGUGGGAGGGGGGAGGGCUGGCUGAUC